AUGACAUCAGAGGAACCAAUCGACGUAGUCUCAAAGAAUGCUGACGGUAAAAAGGCAGAGUCUAGUUUUCCAGACGAAAAACCCGAGAAUAGUAAAGUAGACAAACAGCAGAAACAUGUGAAACGUUCACAUGAAUUAAUGCAACUUGUUUAUGAACUUCCUGUUGAUGUAGACGAAACAGUACACGAAAACAACAAUAUGCUUAAAGAAAACCCACCGAUAACUAUUGUCGAGAUCACCGAACAGAAUGGUUGUGAAACGGAUGUAGAUAGUACCACACAAUGUGAUAGUAAAUAUUUUAAAGAGUCUAGUCCACAUGAUUUAGGCAAUAAGGUCGUUUAUGACGUUUUGUCAACAAACGAAUUGAUUAUCCAUGAUGAGUUUAAGGAAGUAAUAGAUAGGACGUCGCCGGAUGAUACCACGGAUGAGGAUUUGCUUGAAUUGAAAACAAUUUUGGAGAGUAAGCCUAAGCUUUUAGAGAGAUAUAUAAGGGAAUGUGCGUCAGUUGACGAAGUGAAUAAACUCCACAGUUUAACGUCAUGUGGUCCUUUGUCUCCGAGACCACGUCACGAAGCGAGAAGUACGUCAGUGACAUCAGAUUUGUUCCAGCUAUGGCUGUCAUCCUCGCCUGUUAAGAGAUCACGGUCGCCAAGCAGCUCCGCGCAAAGACAGCUCGAUGAGGCAGAUCUUUUCAUGGACCUCAUUAAAGAUGUCGCCAACGAAUUAGACAUCGACGUACUCUGCCAUAAGAUACUUGUGAACGUAUGCCUGCUUACAUCAGCUGACAGAGGAAGCUUGUUCCUGGCUAAAGGCACGCCACCGAAUAGAUAUCUACAGGCAAAACUGUUUGACGUCACACGAGACACGGAUCUCUACGACGCGCUGAGGAUAGCAAAAUCUCAAGAGAUCAGAAUACCCUUCGGAGUAGGCGUCGCUGGGUUGGCAGCGCAGACAAAAAACCCUAUCAAUAUUAAAAAUGCCUAUGCUGAUCCGAGGUUUAACAGUGAAAUAGACGCCCGAACUGGAUACAAAACUGAAUUAAUUCUUUGUAUGCCAAUUUGUAACUGUGAAGGUGAUGUCGUUGGAGUCGCACAGAUUAUAAACAAAACUGACGGUUCAAAGGAAUUCUCAGCGCGAGAUGUCGAAGUGUUCCGAAGGUACCUCACAUUCUGCGGUAUAGGAAUACAAAACGCCCAGUUAUUCGAAUCAUCGGUGCUUGAAUACAAACGGAACCAGAUACUUCUAGCGUUAGCGAGAAGUAUAUUCGAAGAACAGAGCAACCUCGAGUGCCUCGUCACGAAGAUCAUGACAGAAGCUCGAGAGUUACUCAAGUGUGAACGAUGCGCUGUGUUCAUACUUGACACAGAUCAUUGUGAAUCGAGUCAUUUAGAACGUAUAGUCCAAAGGCCGGGCGGGAGGCGCAGCGGCGCGCCCGCGCUGCCGCCGCCCGCGCCGACGCGCUUCCACACUCUCUUCGAACUCGGCGCGAAGCAUUCUCGAACUACCCUCACUCCGCGACACGACAUCAAGUCGACCCUUGCUUGUAUUGCUCUCGCUGUGGCUCGAUCGAACAAAGCCUUAAACAUUUCCGAUGUAGACGAAUGGCGUAAAGAAAACAGCAUGGUCGUAUCCGACCUUACGACAGAUGACGCUGCAAACAUCAGAACAAUGCUCUGCAUGCCUAUUGUCAAUGCUAAUAAGGACGUUAUUGGCGUUGCACAAUUGAUUAAUAAGGAGAACGGAUCUCAGUUUACGGACGGCGAUAUAUCAAUAUUUGAAGCGUUCGCCAUAUUCUGCGGUCUCGGUAUCCAUAACACUCAAAUGUAUGAAAAUGCGUGUAAAUUAAUGGCGAAGCAAAAGGUAGCGCUCGAAUGCUUAUCAUACCACGCGACCGCCACAGCGGAAGACACGAAAAAGCUAUGCGACGACAUCAUACCAUCGGCUGAAGUUUACAACCUUUACAGCUAUAAAUUCCAUGAUUUCGAUUUAUCGGACGAAGAUACGUGCAGGGCGACGUUAAGAAUGUUCCUGCAAUGUAAUCUUGUUGAGAAAUUUCACAUACCUUAUGAGGUCUUAUGCCGAUGGAUACUAAGCGUAAAGAAAAAUUAUCGUCCAGUAAAAUACCACAACUGGCGACACGCUCUCAACGUUGCUCAAACAAUGUUUGCGAUGCUAAAAACUGGUAAAAUGGAACGUUUUAUGUCUGAUCUAGAAAUACUAGGUCUAUUAGUCGCUUGUCUAUGCCAUGACCUAGACCAUAGAGGUACUAAUAAUGCGUUCCAAACGAAAACGGAGAGCCCUCUAGCGAUUUUGUAUUCAACCUCAACGAUGGAACAUCAUCAUUUCGAUCAAUGUGUCAUGAUUUUGAAUAGUGAAAGCAAUAAUAUUUUCCAAGCGUUAUCACCUUGUGAUUAUAAAGACGUUAUGAGGGUUGUGGAAACAGCGAUUCUAUCAACGGACCUUGCUAUGUACUUCAAGAAGAAAUCAAAGUUUCUAGAAUUGGUUGAAAAUGGGGAAUUCGACUGGCAGAGUCAAGAGAAAAAAGAAUUGCUCUGUGGUAUGAUGAUGACAGCUUGCGAUGUGUCCGCAAUAGCGAAGCCCUGGGAGGUUCAACAUAAAGUCGCUAAACUCGUAGCCGAUGAGUUCUUUGACCAAGGCGAUUUAGAAAAGUUGCAACUUAACCAGCAACCUAUUGCUAUGAUGGACAGAGAGAAAAAAGACGAGCUACCACAAAUGCAAGUCGGUUUCAUUGACAUGAUCUGUUUACCUUUGUACAAAGUUCUGUCAGACACGUUUCCCUGGAUACAGCCAUUAUACACUGGUACCAUGGAGAACAGACAACGCUGGCAAGACUUAGCGGAAAAGGUGGAGAUGGGACUGACGUGGAUAGACCAUGACACCAUUGAUAAACCCAUUGAAGAGUUUACAGCAUCGAACGAAGCGAUUAAAGACGUAGAACUAACAGUGACAACGUUGAACUGCGCAAGACCGGUUUCAGACUCCAGUAACAUGGCGCUUGUGAAGCCUAUCAAAACUUCCUUCCACUCCUUGAGACGAGGGAAAACAAGCAACUUUUCAACACGGCCAGCUAGAAGUAAACUUACUAGAUCCCUCUACGCGGCGCCAAGCUCACGAGAAGAGAGAGAGCGGACAGCGAGGGAAGAGAAAGAGACGCCCGCCCCGACGGAGCUGGCGCUGCAGACCAAGGCGUCUAAGCAUAAAGGACGGAGCAGCGAAAGCAGUACAGAUCAAAAGGACAGAGUUAAACCGUCCAAAUCAAUUGACUAA